ACCCAUCACUCCGCCUUCCCUCCCCGUGUACGAAUAUACGCGACGCCCCGACGACGAUUCCUUUCCUUCCUUCCUUCUUCUUCCUCACCUUCCCCGUCCCGUUUCCCCCCUCCUCUCUCUGCCGUGCGGAUCAAUCCAUCCAUCCAUCCAUCCAACGAGACCUGCGGGCUGCGGCCAUGGAGAUGGAGGUGCCGUCGGCGCAGGCGGACCGCGACGGCGCCCGGCGACGGCUCCGGGACUACCUGCUCGCGCUCGAGGAGGAGCGCCGCAAGAUCCACGUCUUCCAGCGCGAGCUCCCCCUCUGCCUCGACCUCGUCACCCAGACAAUCGAGGGGAUGAAGAGCCAGAUGGGCGGCGCCGCCAGCGAGGAGACGGUGAGCGACCACGACGGGCCCGUGCUCGAGGAGUUCAUCCCGCUCAAGCCCAGCCUAUCCUUGUCCUCUUCCGAUGACGAGACUAGCACCCACGCCGCGGCGCCGGUCUCAAACGCUAAGGCCGAGACGCCGCCGCCCACGCCGGAGACCAAGAAGGCGAUGCCGGACUGGCUCCAGUCCGCGCAGCUUUCGACCUGGAGUGAGCCCCAGCAAUCAUCAUCUCUUCGAAAGGUGCUGCCAUGCAGACCGGUGGCGCUGAACGCCACCAGGACCGGGGGAGCGUUCCACCCCUUCGAGAAGGAGAAGCAGCCCGAGGCUGAGCUGCCGGCCUCGUCAACCACGGCACCGGCAAGCACGGCGUUGGUCGGAGACAGCGGCGACAAAGCCACCAGCGACACUGAGGUGCACGACAAGGACAGCAAGGAUAUCACUGAGAAAGACACAGACAAAGACAAAGACAAAGAGGGGCAGUCGCAGCCUAACCGGAAGCCACGGCGGUGCUGGGCGCCGGAGCUCCACCGCCGGUUCCUGGAAGCAUUGCAGCAGCUGGGCGGGUCCCACGCAGUGGCGACACCGAAGCAGAUCCGGGAGCUGAUGAAGGUCGACGCCCUCACCAACGACGAGGUCAAGAGCCAUUUGCAGAAGUACCGUCUGCACACGUCAAGGCGGCCGAGCUCCACGGCCCAGAGCAGCGCCGCCGCAGCAACUCAGCCCACGCCGCAGUUCUUCGUGGUGGGCAGCUGCAUCUGGGUUCCCCAGCAGGAGUAUGCCGCCGCGGCGGCCGCCGCCGCGGCAACCAAUGUUGCAUCGGGAAGCCCGAACCAAGUAUACGCUCCGACGGCGACGUUGCCAUCAGGGUUGAAGCCACACUUAGCAAAGCAGUCGAGUAGGCGGUCGGAAGGACCGAGGAGCGGCGACACUGGCGGCGUUAACUCGGACUCGGACAACCCAACUAUGUCGUCGUCGUCGCAAACCACAUCUGCAGGGCAUCCUUAGUGUAUAACCUUGGGAGUUGGGAUCUAUUACAUACUACUAGCUUGGAGAAAUACAGAGUCUAUAAUUACGGUCACAUUUUACAGUAAGGUACGCCACAUUAUUUGUUGAUGUAGAGAAGAGAGAAAUUUGCCUUUAUGCCUUGUGGACAGCACAAGCUUAAGAUGACUCAUAUAGCUUGAGUUUUGCCACAAGCUUUGCCAAGGGUAGUUUUUUUGCACUGUGGAGCUCACCACCUUUUGUGAUCUUGGUGUAGGCCCUUCGAUAGGGACAUGUAUAUCGUAUACUGACAAUAGUACAUUCAGUUUUUUUUCA